AUGCCUCCUGACAACCUGUCCAAGAAGGCAGACAGCUUGGAUGCAAUGCCUAGCAUAGCAGAACAACCUCCCGAUAUGGUGGAGAUCCGCCCGGCCGGUUCCAUGGGCAACGGCCUGUUUGCAACCCAAGACAUACCCCGAGGCACGAGAAUCAUAGCCGAAGCCUAUAUUGUCUCCAUACCCAGUAGCUUUGGCUUUGGAAAAUAUCAUGACUGCCUGACUUCUGCGCUGUACGACAACACCUGUCGAAAGCCGAGUUGA